AUGUUUGCAGCAGCAGACAAUACAGCGACGAUGGCGUCAUCUGUGAGCGUGAAAGAGUAUUACGCGGGCAAAUCAAUUUUUAUCACCGGCUCCACAGGUUUUAUGGGAAAAGUCUUAGUGGAGAAGAUUUUAAGAUGUUGUCCGGAUGUAAAGAAUCUGUAUCUGCUCAUGAGAGCUAAGAAGGGACAUGGCAGCAAAGAAAGAAUCGAUGAGUUUUUGAACUGUAGGAUAUUCGAUUUUAUAAAAAAUGAACAACCAGAGCAGCUGCAGAAACUACAAGUGGUUCCAGGUGAUAUCUUAGUGGAAGACAUGGGCAUGGCAAUGAGCGACCGAGCGAUGUUGCAGAAUGAAUGUCAGAUUGUUUUCCAUUGCGCAGCAUGCGUUAGAUUCGAUAUGUUCAUACGCGAUGCUCUCAACUUAAACACCGUUGGAACUCAAAGAGUGUUAGAUCUAGUUUUCGUUCACGUCUCCACCGCUUACAAUCAUUGUGAAUUAGAUGUCCUGGAAGAGAAACUGUAUCCCUCCAAGCAUAAACCACAACAUGUAUUGGACUGCGCCUCGUGGAUGGACGAUGAAAUGCUAGAAUAUUUACAACCCAAACUUAUACAGCCUCAGCCUAACACUUAUGCCUAUACAAAAUCAUUGACCGAAGAUCUCGUAUCACAAUAUGCUGGAAAAUUUCCAAUCGUCAUAGCAAGGCCAUCUAUCGUGACCUCAUCGUACAAAGAACCAAUGCCCGGAUGGGUAGAUAAUUUAAAUGGUCCUACAGGUCUUAUGGUUGGCGCUGGUAAAGGGCUAGAAAAACCAAAAGAGUUGCAAGUCUGCAAUUUGACAUUGUCAGAAGACAACCCUCUCACUUGGGGUGCAGCCUUAGAUAUGGGUCGUUAUCACGUCAAAGAAUUCCCGUUCUCCGUCUGUCUGUGGUACCCUGGAGGUUCUCCGAAAACAUCCUGGCUGCAGCACCAGAUAGCUCUGUUCUUUACCCAUCUUUUGCCAGCGGAUUAUAUUAAAGGUGCUCGCGAAUACUGUCUUAAAGAAGACCCACUGACAUUGCCCCAAGCUAGGAGACUUCAUUGGCAGUAA